AUGGAUGACAUUUUUGAGCUACAACUGCGGAAUGUAAUGUACUAUGACGCCAGUAAAGGGCAGACAGUGAAUGUGGAUCUUACGUUUCAGGCACGGACCAAUGGUGGUCACAUUGCUCCCUCAGUAUGUGCUUUCCUAAUGAGGAACUCUGGGCAGGUUGAAACUAGACACUACACGCAGAAACAAGCUGCUGUGAGAUUAAACAAAGUUACACCCUUCUCAACCUAUUCAUUUUCACCCAGCCUGGUUAACUUCAAUUAUCAGAGCCUGGCUGAGAGAAAAAUGCUCCAAGCACUAGAGCAAAGCAUGGUAAGAUUCCUUGCAAACUACAAUAGCCUAACAGAUAAGCACCUGGCAGGCUAUUUCAGCAACACCAGGAGAAGACGUCACCUUCAGAGAUCAGGGCUGAUCUCAAGAAGUGGAAAAAUAAUAUCUGAGAAGGAAUAUCGGUUAAAUACCAUGAAGAAGGAUCACCAGAAGUAUAUCCGGGACUGUCUGGCUCAGGCCAUACUUCACAAAGUCCUUGACAUGGAACGACAUCACCAGGUUGAAUUAAAACGAAGACUUGAAAAUUCGGUGAAGAAAGAGCAUGCUCAAAAAAUCAAGGUGGAACGAUCAAAAAGGUCAGCAGAAGAUACAAAUUUCCUGCAUUCUCCACACCCACCCACUGCACCAAAGAGGCAUUUUGGACGCCACAAAUUAGGUGACAGAGGACAAUCGGGUCAUUUGGCUAUCUGUCCUCGACCAAGUACUGCACCAGGGAACAUACAACAUCCAGUCCGACGGCAGCCACUUUACAGCAAUGAACUAAUUCUCAAGGCUUCUUCAAGUUCCAGACCAAAGUUCUCAACAUAUGAAACGGAGCAUCUUUUUGCCAGUGAGGGUGAGAGAGGUUUGUUAAGACCAAUGCAUUCAACGGAUUAUUCAUCUGGAAUAUCCCCAUACCAGCUUCCCAUUAUUAACAAUUAUGUGAUACCUGUUCCACCUCCACCCCCCAAAAGUGAGAAGACUAUCAAUGUAAUGAAACUUGUAUCAUCAAGAGGUCGACGAUAUCGCCCAACGACUGCACCAAAUGGCUUGGAACAAUCGUUAAUGAAGGACGCAGGCAAGUUCUACAAAUCUCAAGUACACACCAAUGCAUAUGUUACCAUGAUCUAUUUGGGGAAAAGCGUGCACCUGUGCCAUGAUCUUUUUGAUUGUCGAGAUGAAAUAAAAAUAUAUCAACAGCACUGUGGAGGAGAAAAUGUGUGUGUGUACAGAGGCAAAGUGGUGGAGGGAGAUACUUUCCACUUUACCUCCAAGCGGCACCAUGGCUUUCCCUUUAGCCUCACCUUUUAUCUCAAUGGAAUGCAAGUGAGCCGGUUAAGUUCUUGUUGCGAAUACAAGCACCGGAAGGGGACUCGGCUAGGAGGCAAACACGGACACUUUGGUUUUGUCAACGUGGAAAGAUCAUCUCCUUGUUAUAAGUGUAUCAUUGCAAUGGGUCUGGACAAAAAGCCUUUCCCACCCAAGAAAAAGAUGACUGCUACAGAAGAAAAAAAGAAAGAAUAUUCCAGGGGGCCAAAAGUGAGCUAUAAGCAAACAGAGAAAAGCAUAAGUACAGAGGAGAACAAAGACUCAGUGUCCAUGACUUCUUCACUUCCUGAAGAAGAAAGAGAGUUUGCAGGAGGCUCAAUGGAAAUGGAUGCAAGAAGAAUAAAAGGAGCCAGAAUCAAAUGGGAAAGGAACCUGAGGAGUACAUCUGAUUAUGCAUAUGAUGAAGAUUUUGAAGCAGAUGAAGAGAAAUCAGAUGAGAAAGUUAACGAAGAAGGACAGGCUGAUGAUCAAAUGAAUGGAAUGUCAAAGUCACCCUCAGAUGAUGAAAAAGAUAAUUUAGACUGUGAAAAGGAGAGUAAAAACUCAUCACAGAAAGCUUUGCAGGCCUCUGACAGUGAACGAGGUGAAAGUGAUGGCUACUUAGAGAGUGACUUGGAGGAGGAUAAACAAGACAGGAAGUGUGUGCCUUCCCUCUCAUCCAGCAGCAUGGUGUACAGCAGCGAAAAUGACUCUGACCGCGAAACAAAAAAGCAAGAAGAUGAUAAAGACAAUUCUGACAUACAUUCAGAAUAUGAAAAUGAAACCCAAAGGAAGGAAGGCCAAGAAACUAGUCUGGAGGAAGAGGAGGACAUAAGUGAAGCAGAAAAUGCAAUAGAGAAAAAUUGGUCCAGUACCCCUCAAGAAAGCCUUGAGGACACUACUUUGGUCAGGGAGACACUGAAGCAUAUCGGGUCAGUAGACAUGAACACAAGGGAAGACAGGGAGGAGGAUGUGUUAGUGCAUUUGGAAGGCAACAUUCCAGAAGUGGAGUACAGAAGCAAGGAGCUUUCACAUCCCGAGGACAGAGGUGACUGCAAAUCAGUCAAAGAGAAAAUAGCAGAAGCCAUCGAAAAGGAUCACCUUUUGAGUUCUGAACCUGAAGAUAGUGACUCCAGUACAGAGGAGGAGGAGAACAUAAUUUGUGCUCAAGAUAAAAAUGAAGAUGGAGCUUCUUUGGCAGAAGAACCGAAAACACUUGAAUCACAGAAGGCUACAGUGCAAAAGGAACAAGACAAGCAGAUGGUGGGCAAGGAAAGAACACUUGAGAAAGACAAGCUUCUAGCUGAGGAAGGCCUCAAAGAAGUAGCUCUGGAAGAAGAAUUAUCAGCCAGAAAUGUUGCAGCUCUUACAGUGAAAUGGGAAGUUAAGAAUGAGCUACAGACAGAAGAGACAGAACUGAAAAAAGCAGCAGUAGUUGAAUUGGGUCUGGAAAUGGACAAUACAGAAAAAGACAUAAUAUAUGAAGAAGGAGAAUCAUAUGAGGGGAAGAUACAAGUGGAAAAGCUGAAGGAGACAGUAUUAGAAGAUAAAGCUUGUAAAAGACAGGAGAUAUUGGAGGCUUACCAGAUAGAGAGGGAGGACUUAGAGGGGCAGAAGUUCACUGGUGGGUUAAUGGUUAAUGAAGAAGCAUCUGAUGGAGAGGAAUUUGCGGAAGAUUUGUGGGAAACAGCUGCAGUUUUGGAAGGUGUAGAGGCUAUAGAAUUAGUGGGAAGAAAAUCUUUGGAGAAGGAAGCAAGUGGGGUAAAGGAGGUUGUAGAAGAAACAAUUGAGGCGGAUGUGGUGAUGGGAACUGCAUUUGUGGCAGGGGACACUGUAGGGGUGGCACAAAAACCUAUAGAAGAAGUUGAAUCUGGAGCAUAUGAAACUCUGAAAAGGAGUGAACAUGAGGAAGAGCAUGGGGACACAAUAGAAAAUGGCAUUCUAGAAGGCAGUUUUUUGAAGGGAGAUGAAUAUGCAAAUGUAGAGCUAAAAAGUGAUUCUAUUAUGGAAGCAAAAUUUUUAGCACCAGAAUCAAAAGAGGUAGAUAUUAUCACCAUAUACAAAAAGGCAGAUUUCUCAGAAGAGCCAGUACCUGGUGGGAAUGGUCUUGUGGGGGAAGUUUCAUCUGACCAGGAAGAGUCAGAGGAAGAAAUAUCUCAACAAGUGAGCAAAACGAAAAUUCUGUCUACCAAUGAAGAUAUAGCACUAGAAAAACUAGGAACAUGGAUGGAAGAACCCUUACUGGAUUGGGAAACUGAGAGGGGCAUUUCACUAACUGCAGAAAAAAUUAAGAAGGGCCAUCAGGCAAUAGUAACAACUGGAAGAGAGGAGAAAGCAGAUAAGACAAAUGCCGAAGGAGAUGCAAAAAAAGAAACAACUGUUAAAGGCAGGCUAUUGGCUAAGGAACCUACACAGGAGGAAGAGAAUCUAAUGCAAGCUGUGGAAGAGGAAGUCGAAGAGGAAUUGAUAGAACAGGUGCUAAAAUCCGAAGUGGCAGGUUCAGAAAGAAAGCUGGUAACAAAGAAAGAAGAGCUUUUUACUGAAGACACAAUUGAACCAGAAGCUAUAGUGAUGGUGGCUGAAGAAAUAGUAGUGAACAAACAGCCAGAAGGAGAGGUUGAUGCUGAAGAGGCAGAUAUGGAAGGAGAGGUUGUGAUUAAAGGGGAGGUGGAAGAUGGAGAGACAAAGGAAGGAAGAAAAGGGGUACUUAAACUGAAGGAGGAAACUGAAGAAGCAGGGGCAGAAAUAGAGGUUGGGAGUAAAGGGAAGGUGCAGGCUGAAGACACAGAGAUGGAAAGAGAGGUGUCAGUUAAAGGGAAGGUGGAUUCUGAGGAGGCAGAGGUAGGGGGAAAGGUGGCACAUAAAGGGAAGGUGCAAGCUGAAGACACAGAGAUGGAAAAAGAGGCAUCAGUUAAAGAGGAAGUGGAUGUUGAGGAGGCAGAGGCAGGAAAAAAGAUGAUACUUAAAGGGAAGGUUGAGGAUGAAGAGCCAGAGAUGGAAAGAGAGGUGGUGCUUAAAGUGAAGAUGGAUGCUGAGGAGGCAGAGGCAGGAAAAAAGGUGGCACAUAAAGGGAAGGUGCAAGCUGGAGAGACAGAGAUGGAAAAAGAGGCAUCAGUUAAAGAGAAAGAGGAUGCUGAGGAGGCAGAGGCAGGGGAAAAGAUGAUACUUAACGGGAAGGGUGAGGAUGAAGAGCCAGAGAUGGAAAGAGAGGUGGUGGUUAAAGUGAAGAGGGAUGCUGAGGAGGCAGAGGAAAAGGUGGUAAUUAAAGGGCAGGUGGAGGCUGAACACCUAGAGGCAAGGGGAGAAGUGUCUGUAGAUGCAAGAUCAAAAGGAGAAAUUGUUUCUGAGGUCAGGGGACAAAGCAUAGAAGUUGUGACUGCAGCGAUGGUGACAGAAGCAAAGCAGGUAUCUGAAUCAUCUGCAGAAAAACUAGGAGCUGGAGAAGAGAACCAAGAAAGGAGAAAGGGCAAUGAAGCAAGACUCGAAGAUGAAGUGAAAAUAUCAACUGAAGACGCAUUAAGAGACACAUCAAUUGAUACACUGUUGCAGAAGGAAAUGGUACCUGUUGAGGAUGAAGAAGAAGCUGUGGAAGCAGGAACAAAAGGAGAAAGGCUGAGAGAUGAAAUCCCUGUGAAGUAUGUAGAGGAAGCACUGUUGUUUGGGAUACAAAUGUCAUCUGAAGUAUCACAGAUUAGCGUGGAAGCUAUGACUGAUAGGUUUGAAGAUUUGGAAGAAGAAAUGUCAUCUCAUGAGAAUACCGCAAGGGAGGACAUUUUUAUGGCUGUAGUAGAAGAAAGGCAGGCUUCUCAGAGUGACAACUCUGAGGAGAAAGAAACCAAAGAGCUUGUGGAAGUAAUCCAUUUGGAGAAAAAAGACAGAAGCGGAAAGAGCCAAAUAAAACAGGAAGAAUUUCAAAUAGAAAAAUUGCCAGUGACAGAAAGCUUUGCUAUGAACACACAGCAUUCUGAAAGCGAGCAGCAGCAAGACAUCUCUGCACAAAUGAUCUGUCUAGAGGCUCAUGCAUCCUCUGACUUAGACAACAGGAACUAACAGUGAAGGUGAGUGUGCACCUGUACCCAAAG